CGUCCUCCCCCUAGAGCCACGGAUCGCCGCUCGUGCUCGCCUUUGCCUUCCUGCUGCCUGCCGUGCUUCACGGCCUUCGUCGAAACCCUUGCAGUCUCGCUCAGUCAGGAUGGAUUCUCAGGUGAAGUUUGCAGUCAUGGUGAAGGUGAUAGGUCGAACAGGGUCCAGGGGCCAGGUGACCCAGGUGAGGGUCAAGUUUCUGGAUGACCAGAACCGUAUUAUUAUGAGGAAUGUGAAGGGACCUGUCGGGGAGGGAGAUACUCUCACCCUACUUGAGUCUGAAAGAGAAGCACGGAGGUUGCGUUGAGUGCUGGUUCUUCACUGUUAAGGUUUUGAUUUAUUUCUUCAUAUUGUCUCAGCUCCUGCUAAGGUUUAGUUGGAUUUUUGUGAUUAUGGAAACUCUUGGAAAUUGAAUCUCUGGAGCAUCGGUAUUGAACUUGUAA